AAAAGAAGAGAAGCUUGUUGGUCGGACGGCCGCCGCUCAGUCUCCACUGGAGGGCUACGCGAGCACCGGGACCACCAGCACCACUAGCAGGGAGACCAAGAGGAGGCAGCCGGGAAGGGAACGAGCCGCACCGGAAUGCUUGCUGGACUCCUCUCGGCCGGCCGAGACAUGAGUGGAUCCCGCUGAACGUAAUUGAUGCAGAACUGAGGGGCCUAGUGCUGUCCUUUGCUGUUUCCCCCGACCCCUUCCCUCAUUUUGCUGACCCACCCCACUCGGUCUGUGAGCAGCCAUGACAAAGUCGUACGAGUUCAACUGGCAGAAGCAUGUGCCCGAGUUCAUGCACGAGGGCGCCCCCUUCGACAGGUUUGAUGAGGACCCGUACAUCUUUGAGCCCAAUUGUCAGGUGAAGGUGGAUGACUAUGGCUUCUUUAUCUCCUGGAAAAGUGACGGAAAGGAGGGCCAGGUGCUGGAGUGCUCCCUCAUCAAUAGCAUCCGCGUCGGCGCUGUGCCCAGGGACCCGAAGAUUCUGUCGUCGUUCGAGGCCAUGGGCAAGACGGAGGCGGACCUGGAGGGCUGCGUCAUCUGCAUCUGCAGCGGCGCCGACCUGGUCAACCUCAAUUUCAUGUUUAUGGUGGCGGAGAACCCGGACACCGCCAGGAAAUGGACAGAAGGACUGAGGUCGGUCAUUCACAACUUCAAGGCCAACAACGUGUGUCCGAUGACUUGCCUGAAGAAGCACUGGAUGAAAAUGUGCGUCCUGACCAAUGUUAAUGGCAAGAUUCCUGUUAGAGGGAUCACACGGACGUUUGCAUCAGGCAAGACGGAGAAGGGCAUCUUCCAGGCCCUGAAGGACCUGGGCCUUCCGAGUGGCAAGAACGACGAGAUCGAACCCUCGGUGUUCACGUUUGACAUUUUCUACGCGCUCACGCAGAAGAUCUGCCCUCGCACGGACCUAGAGGACCUCUUCAAGAAGAUCAAUGGGAGCAAAAGUGAUUAUUUAACAGUAGACCAGUUAGUCAGCUUUCUCAAUGAAAACCAGCGGGACCCGCGGCUCAACGAGAUCCUCUUCCCGUUCUACGAUCCCAAGAGAGCCACGCAGAUUAUCGAAAAGUACGAACGGGACGAAGCGCUCAAGAAGAAAGGCCACAUGUCCAGCGACGGUUUCUGCCGCUACUUGAUGUCAGACGAGAACGCGCCGGUGUUCCUGGACCGCCUGGAGCUGUACCAGGACAUGGACCAGCCGCUAGCCCACUACUUCAUCAGCUCGUCACACAACUCCUACCUGACGGGCCGGCAGUUUGGCGGCAAGUCGUCGGUGGAGAUGUAUCGCCAGGCCCUGCUCUCAGGAUGCAGAUGCGUCGAGUUGGACUGCUGGGACGGCAAAGGAGAGGACCAGGAGCCCAUCAUCACUCACGGCAAGGCCAUGUGCACCGACAUCCUGUUCAAGGAUGUAAUCCAAGCCAUCAAGGACACGGCCUUUGUUACCUCAGAGUUUCCUGUUAUUUUAUCCUUUGAGAACCACUGCAGUAAACCGCAACAGUACAAAAUGGCCAAAUAUUGCGAGGAGAUCUUUGGCGACUUUCUCCAGAAGCAGCCUCUGGACAAUUUUCCGAUCGAAUCCGGUCGUCCUUUACCCUCGCCCAAUGACCUGAAACGAAAAAUCCUCAUCAAAAACAAGCGAUUGAAACCGGAAGUGGAGCAGAAGCAACUGGAAGCCUUCAAGAAGCACAUGGAGGCGGGCGAGACCAACACCACCGCCAUCAUCAUGGGAGAGGAGAACGAGGACGACACCGAGAACGGAGAAAAGGAGCCCGACGAUAAGGACGUGACCUCAGACGCGCCCAGCAGCCUGUCGGAGGCGGCCAGUGACAAAGAGGCCAACAGUGACUCGCAACCAAACGCUGUGAGCACCAGGAAAGUGGAAGAGCGUAGCAACAGUAUCAAGAAGGCGCCUGAAGACGAAACAACGGAGAUAUCCGAGGCUACGGAAGCCGCCGACGUCACAGAUAUCUCCGAGGCGUCCGACCCAGACAACAACAAGAAAGGUGGCGAAGGCUCCGAAGACUUGGAAGAGGCUCUGAUCGCUCAGUACACGUACGUGGGCGCGACCACCAACAUCCACCCGUACCUGUCCGCCAUGGUCAACUACGCGCAGCCCGUCAAGUUCCAGAGUUUUGACGUGGCCGAGGAGAAAAAUAUCCAUCACAAUAUGUCGUCUUUCAACGAGUCCGUGGGCCUUGGCUACCUCAAGACCAACGCCAUCGAAUUUGUCAACUACAACAAGCGUCAGAUGAGCCGUAUCUACCCCAAAGGGGGCCGAGUGGACUCCAGUAAUUACAUGCCUCAGAUCUUCUGGAACGCCGGCUGCCAGAUGGUCUCGCUCAACUUCCAGACCCCAGAUUUGGCCAUGCAGCUGAACCAGGGAAAGUUUGAGUACAACGGCUCCUGCGGGUACCUGCUGAAGCCCGACUUCAUGCGACGGUCGGACCGCAUGUUUGAUCCCUUCUCGGAGACGCCGGUGGACGGCGUCAUCGCCGCCACGUGCAGUGUACAGGUGUUCUCUGGCCAGUUCCUGUCGGACAAGAAGAUCGGCACGUACGUGGAAGUGGACAUGUACGGCCUGCCGACCGACACCAUCCGCAAGGAGUUCCGCACGCGCAUGGUGAUGAACAACGGGCUCAACCCCGCCUACAACGAGGAACCCUUCGUUUUCCGAAAGGUGAUCUUACCGGAUCUGGCGGUGCUGCGCCUCGCCGUCUACGACGACAACAACAAGCUGAUCGGCCAGCGCAUCCUGCCGCUGGACGGCCUGCAGGCCGGCUACCGUCACAUCUCGCUGCGGAACGAGGGCAACAAGCCCCUCUCGCUGCCCACCAUCUUCUGCCAGAUCAUCCUCAAAACCUACGUGCCCGACGGCUUCGGAGCUAUUGUCGACGCUUUGUCCGACCCCAAGAAGUUUCUGACCAUCGCCGAGAAGCGAGCUGACCAGAUGAAAGCCCUCGGCAUUGACACGAACGACAUCGCCGACGUCCCGAGCGGAAGCUCCAAGAACGACAAGAAGGGAAAGGGCAAAGGCGACACCGUGAAGACCAGCGUGACGCCGCAGAGCAGCUCGGACGUCGCUCAGACCUCCAACGCCUCCCAGAACAACACGGCGGAGACCAAGAGAGAUAACGCACUGGUUCCUAAUGUCAGCAUUGACGACUUAAAGCAAAUGAAGACGUACAUUAAACUCAUAAAAAAGCAGCAAAAGGAGCUGAGCGCGUUAAAGAAGAAGCACUCGAAGGAUCAAAACGUGAUGCAGAAAACGCACUGCACGCAGGUGGACAAGAUGGUGUCGGCGCACGACAAGGAGAAGAGCACACUGGAGAAACUUCUGGAGAAGGCCAUCAAGAAGCGAGGGGAAAACAACUGCCAAGAGCUGAAGAAGGAAACCGAAGUCAAAAUCCAGACGCUGCUCACUGAUCACAAAACCAAGGUGAAGGACAUGACGGCGCAGCACACCAAGGAACGGUCGGAGCUGAUCGGCGGCCACGGCAGCAACGAGCAGGAGAUGGAGGACGCGCACGUCACGCAGCAGUGCGAGCACCUCAAGAAGCUGCUGAACAGCGUUCAGGAGCAGCAGACCGGACAUCUCAAAAUCAUACACGAGCGGCAGAGCAAAGAGAUGCGAGCCAACCAGGCCAAGAUGUCCAUGGAGAACAGCAAAGCCAUCAGCCAGGACAAGAGCAUCAAAAACAAGGCGGAGAGGGAAAGGAGAGUGCGAGAGCUGAACAGCAGCAACACAAAGAAGUUCCUGGAUGAGAGGAAGAGAUUGGCCAUGAAGCACCAGAAGGAACUGGAGCAGCUGGAGAAGAACCAGAGGGAGCAGGUGGAUAAACUGGACAAGUUCAAUGAGCAGCUUUUGGCAUCACACCAUGCAAACAAACAAAAAGGCAAAGGACAUGCAGCAGAUGGCCAUGUUGGAGGAGGAGAUGGAGCGCAGACCUGCCACAGUGGUGUGAGCGUCUGACGCACGCACGCGCGCACACACACACACACACGCGCGCGUGCCAAAAGCUCAGCCCACCACGCGAACACACUGUAGACCCCCCCCCCCCCCACACACACACAAUACCAUUUCGCUUUGAAACUGUGCACAUAAACACUUUGUUUGUACGUGACAUGAUUGGAAUGUAGCACUGUUUGUACAAUCACACUUGAUUUCUAACUCAAAGCUGUUUUUUUAAUCAUAUUUUGUUAAAGUAGCACUGCUUAAACAAAAAAAGAAAAAAGCCCACAGUAGUGAGGUUACAUCACAAUAAAAGCUCAUCACGGUGUUUGUUUGCCGACAUCGUGGCCGCUUUUUCACCAUAAAUGACCCUCCAAAAACGCUGUAAACACAAUUAAAAUUGUUCAGAUUUCCUCAUUAAGCGCUUCCAUACAUUUGUGUUUCUCUAAUGAAUCAUUGAGUGAUGACUAUUUUUGUAUCCAACCGUAUGGAGGCAUAAGGCAAAAAUAAUUCAUUAUUAAUAUGAUUUCACUGCUGAAAAAAUCAGUUGUGUUGCCUCAAAUAUUAUAUUGCAAAAGGAUACCUGAAAGUUUACUUUUUUACAUGUAUUAUUCUUUCUCACCCUUCAAAUCUUGACUAAAAUGUGUUUUGAGUGUGUAAAACAGGGGUGGGCAAAAUCCCUUCUUUAAUAGCAUUUGCAUUAUUAAAAAUCCUGUAAUAUUUGUUGCAUUCAUUUCAGCUGUUUUCUUUUCCUCAAAAUGUGUUAAUUGAAUGUAUUUAUUCAUUUUUAUUUAUUUGUGUUCAUUCAUCACAUACAAAAUAUUUUUAAAUUAAAGAAUUACUUGAUUAAUUUUAAUAUUUAUAAAUAAUAAAACAAUAGGCUGAAUUAUUAUUUUAUUGCCAUAGAAACUAUUUUUAUAUCCACAUUUGAACUUUUUUUUAACUUUGUUUUUUACCUCAUCUAUUCGCGACCAAGCCCAGUGGUUGUCAAACGUUUUACACCAAGUACCACCUCAAAACAAUACCACCGUUUUUUUUACAUUAUAAUAGUAACGUAGUAGGCCUAAGUGUUCAUCAGGUUUUACCUGUAAAACAGUUGUCAAAAGUAUAUUUCAUAUUAUUGUAAGCCACUUUAACAUUAUGCAGUUUGUUUAUCAGCACUACACUAAAAUAUCGGGGGACUGUACUUAAAUAAUUAUUCAUUAAAAAUUGAUUGCACAUGAAAGUUAAAUAGAAACUGUGCCAAAAUAUUUUUGGGAACAAACCAUUCUUAAAGAUUAAAUGCAAAUACAUUGAACUUCAUAGUUAAAUAUAACUAAACUGUAUUCGGGGAGGGAUUUUGUUUUCUCACGUGCCACUAGAGGGCGCCUACAUACCACUUCACUGACCUCGCCCAUCUCUGUUUUGUUAUCAAAUGUGGGCCCAGAGGACAAAGGUUUGCCCACCCCUGAUGUCAAAUAAUACACAAUAGCAGUAAUGACGCCAUUCAAAUCAAGUUGACGUUAAAAAAAAUAAACUACAAAAAUGGCCACCAAAAACGCUGCCACGCGUGCAGGAUCAUCAUCACCUCACCGGGUAAUCGUUACGUCGCGUUUCUUUUUCUAUUUUCUUUUUUUGUUUCCGUCUAAUUUGUUCGAGACCUCCGCCGAGGUACAAUGAAUGAGAGAAAAAAAAAGUGCUUUUAUUCUUUGGCUUUGCAAACGUGCCACUCGCCGCUGUCUGUUAGGAUUCUGUUAACUUAUUUGAGCGAGUGUCAAUGCCAAAUUCAAGGGUUAUUUAUAUGGAGAUCUCUAUAUACAUACAUAUAAAUAAAUGAACAUAUAUAUAUUAGAUAUGAUGUGUAGUUGAAUUAUUUGUUAGAGGCUUUUAGCUUCCUUUUUUGCACUUAUGUUGUCUUUCAAGUUGGUCCAGAAGCAAAAGUUAUUUUUGCAAAUGUUUUUCCUUUUUUUUUUCUCUUCUUCUUCAAACUGUAGCUCUCAAAUCAAACCAUACUGUGUGCGUGCGUGCGUGUUCUUUCUUUUCUUUAUUUGUAUUUCUAUUGUACUGUUGAACUUAUAGCGACGAUGACAGCUCCUUUAAUACUGUUUUAUAGUAUGUGUACCAAUAAAUGACAGUGGAACAUGGGACCUCAAAAAUCUGAUUGGAUGUUUUUUUUCUUUUGCCAUAUUUUCACGUGUCAUAAGCACAAGAAAUCUGCAAUUCUUCACUUAAAAAAAAAUAAAAUAAUUCGUCCGUCCAUUUCUCGCUGCCAGUUCUUGAUAAGCAAAUUCACUUUUUGGUGUUUUACAUUUGAACUUUGGUAAAAAGAUUUGCCGGAGUCUUACUGUUUUCAAUGUGAGUCCGUUUAACGUCAUGCGAUGCCUGUGUAUGCUCGUUG